AUGGCCUCACAACCCGUCUCCAAGCCUUUCCAGAAGAUCCUGGAUCCCACCAAGAUCGGAACCUGGAACAUUGUCCGUCGUCCGCCAGUCGAGAAUCACAGUUUGAUCCAAGGGAAGCCUCGGGAGCAGAAUUCCAACGCAUUCAAGACACACCAGUUCAAGGAGGGAACGCGGUUACGAAAGGCCUUGAAUGCUCUCACCCACGGCAAAAAUAUCUUUGUCUACCAUAACAUCCGCACAAACCAAGUUGUCUAUUCGUUGACACGGUACUUGGAGAAAAACAGCGUCCUCCGACAACUCGUAUACCAUGGGAAGAAAACCGUCCCCGCAGCGCUCCGCAAAGACAUGUGGGUUCCCUACUAUUCCGUGCACUUCAACGACUCCAAAAUCGGUCUCCGCGCAUACCAUCUCCUCCGUGAAUUCGCCAUGCAGCGCCAACUCUCCCCUCCCCGGGAGAUGAUCACAAUCACAGAACAAUUCCUGGACCAGAAGCGACCAAAGAGCCCUGAGGAGGCUGAGAAAUUCAAUGAAAAAUACAGUGACAAGGUCGGGUGGCUGAUGGAGAAGAAGCACCGCGCUCGCGCUCUCAUGGACCAGAAGGCCACAAGCGUUGCUGAUAUCUCCGCCGUCCUGGCGAUCCAGGAGGAGGAAAUCAAGGACGGCUUUGCCGAUGGCCAGAGAGGAUAUCUGACUCGUACUGCGAGGAAGCGUCGAAGGGAUGCCCGGAAGAAGGAGGACGCCAAGGCUGAAGAGCAUGCCGCGCGUGUUGCCAAUCUAGAAUCGACUCUGAGCUCCGCGAUGGUGGACUACAAAAUCCAGGAGACGGAAGAGAACACCGCGGCACUGGAGGGCGACCUGGUGAAGAUCCUUUGGACCGAUGUUCAUGACGCUCGCUUCGCUGAAACCUGGCCUGAACGAGUUCGACACGGCGAGCUGGACCUAUCCCGUGACCAUGUCAUGCCUGGCCAGAAGCCUAUCUAUGGAGUCGAGGUUCUUGCUAACGAGGAGUUCAAGGAGAAGACUGCCUAA